UUAGUCUAUUUCAUAAGCAGACACACCAGGAUCUAUGGCCACAUCAGAAUCUCUUUUCUUAAGGUCAGCCUCGCCUAUGCUUACGAAACGAAGGAUGCCCUUUGCCUUGUCCUCACAUUGAUGAACGGAGGUGAUCUUAAGUUUCAUUUGUAUAAUUUGAUGCCCGGUGGUUUCGAUGAAAAGCGGGUACAAUUCUAUGCUGCUGAGAUCACUCUUGGUCUUCAACAUUUGCAUAAGGAACGGAUAUUAUAUCGCGAUCUCAAACCUGAAAAUAUACUGUUAGAUGAUUAUGGUCAUGUUCGGAUCUCUGAUCUCGGUUUAGCUGUUGAGUUGAAGGAUAAUGAACCUAUAAAAGGCAGAGUAGGGACAGUAGGUUAUAUGGCUCCUGAGAUUGUAAAAAAUGAACGAUACUCGUAUGGUGUGGAUUGGUGGGGACUUGGUUGCCUCAUUUAUGAGAUGAUCGAAGGGAAAGCGCCAUUUCGGCAGCGUAAGGAGAAAGUAAAACGAGAAGAAGUAGAAAGACGGGUACGAGAGGAUCAGGAAAAAUAUUCUGAUAAAUUCAGCGAAGCUGCACGUACUCUUUGCAGAGGCUUGCUUCACAAAGAGCCGUCAUUUCGCCUAGGAUGUCGUCGCGUAAGCAAGCCUGAAGAAGGAGCCGAAGAGAUUCGAGCGCACUCUUUCUUCAACACUGCUGAUGCUAAUACAGGUCGAGAGCCCGUUCCGUGGAAGAAAAUGGAAGCUGGGAAGGUGACGCCGCCAUUCUGCCCUGAUCCUCGUGCUGUGUAUGCUAAGGAUGUUCUUGACAUCGAGCAAUUCAGCACGGUCAAGGGAGUCCGCUUGGAUGCUAAUGACACGCAAUUCUACGGAAAAUUCAGCACUGGCUGCGUUAGUAUCCCUUGGCAGAACGAGAUGAUCGAAACGGAAUGUUUCCAAGAAUUGAAUGUAUUCUACGAGGAAGAUGGCAGCUUGGUGCCGAGCCUGCGACCCGAUGGUCAGGUGCAGCUCGAUAAGAAAAACGGCUCAAGUAGUGCUGGAUUUUUCAGCCGUCUGUUCAAACGCAAGGUGGGAAGUUUUCUUGUCUGUAGAUUACGUAACAUGAACUGGCAAUCUAGAGUGUGUUUUUCUGCUGAGCUUACGAUCCCACCUUUCUCAUUAUGA